GGCUUCAUCAUCGUUGGCCUUGCUGGGAUAAUUGGUUAUUGUUUCGUCAAGGUGUUGAUCCGUGUUCGUCCUAUCAUAGCGGGUCAUCUUUUGGUCUCCCUCCGAACUUGUAUCUUCUUGUUUGCUAAGUAUUGGUUUCUUUUUCCGGUCUCGGCACGUCUCAGGAAAAAGGGUGUGUAUAAUUGCAUCAUAUUCGAUCUCCAACAUUUUACCGUAGUACGGAUGAUCGACGUAGAGGAGUCACUACAGGAAAUAUGUUAUAUGCGCGGAUUUUAUAGGUACGACGGCGGUGGGAGGUCAGGGAUGGAGGGUGGGUACAGGGAUGGAGGGUGGGUACAGGUACAACGGCGGUGGGAGGUCAGGGAUGGAGGGUGGGUACAG